CAAGGACGAAGGGUACAAGAAAUUCAAACCACAAAUACCAAACAGAGGGGAGGGUUCAUUGUUCGUCCCAUUGACCCUGUAUAAUUAGAACCAAACCGAUUCAUCCUCAUCACUUUUCCUCCUCAAACAAAAACAAAAGCGCGGGAAACUUAAGAGUGUGAGAGGGGAUGGCGCCAUUGCUGCAGAGCUCUCAACCUUGGGUCGAGAAAUACCGACCCAGACGAGUUAAGGAUGUUGCCCACCAAGACGAAGUUGUCCGAGUCCUCACCAACACGCUCGAGACCACCAAUUGUCCACACAUGCUCUUUUAUGGCCCACCUGGAACCGGCAAAACCACCACUGCUCUCGCCAUUGCUCACCAGCUCUACGGUCCUGAACUAUACAAAUCUAGGGUUCUUGAGCUGAAUGCUAGCGAUGAGCGUGGAAUCAAUGUAGUUCGAACUAAAAUCAAGAAUUUCGCUGCAGUUGCUGUUGGUUCUGGACAUCAAGGGGGCUAUGGUUAUCCUUGUCCACCUUUCAAGAUCAUCAUCCUUGAUGAAGCUGAUUCCAUGACUGAAGAUGCUCAGAAUGCCUUACGUCGAACUAUGGAAACCUAUUCAAAAGUAACAAGAUUCUUUUUCAUAUGCAAUUACAUCAGCAGGAUCAUAGAACCUCUUGCUUCUAGAUGUGCUAAGUUUAGGUUUAAGCCACUUUCAGAAGAAAUCAUGAGCACUCGUGUGCUACAUAUAUGCAAUGAGGAAGGGCUUAACUUGGACUCUGAGGCUCUCUCAACCUUAAGUUCCAUAUCUCAAGGAGAUCUUCGUAGAGCUAUCACCUUUUUACAGGGAGCUGCUCGUUUAUUCGGAUCCUCAAUUUCUUCCAAGGACUUGAUUAGUGUUUCAGGGGUUGUCCCUCAGGAAGUUGUUGGGGAUCUUCUUGCAUCUUGUAAAAGUGGUUCAUUUGACUCUGCAAACAAACAAGUGAAUAAUGUUAUUGCAGAGGGGUAUCCAGUCAGCCAGAUUCUCUCCCAGUUGUUUGAUUUGGUGGUUGAAUCUGAUGAUGUGUCUGAUGAACAAAAAGCAAGAAUAUGUAGGAAACUUGGUGAAUCCGAUAAGUGCCUUGUUGAUGGAGCAGAUGAGUAUUUGCAGCUGUUGGAUGCAUGCAGUUGUAUGAUCAAAGCAUUUUGUAACAUGCCAGAAGGAUAUUCUAAUUAGAUUUCUUCAUCAAGUAUUUGGUAAAAAUGUGGAAUUAGUGUUUUGAUUAAAGUAUUAAUGGAUUUUGGUUGUUCAUGUUUAUUUAUAUUUAUCUCACAUUCUAUUUGCUUUUA